CCAAGCGUGUCAGUCGUAAUUCGAAAAAAAAAAAAAUAAAAUCAAAAAGGAUUUACUAAAGUUGAAAAAAGCCCAAUUACCGUUGAGAAAUAAAGUCCUACAAUCAAAGCUCUAAAAUGGAUCAGUCGUCAACCCACCAUCGAAAUGGUAAAGGCACCCGUGCUGAGUUAGAGAAGGCAGCGGCAGAUUUGGAAAAGGAAAAACUAAUUGCAGAGAUCCAAAUAGAACGAAUGGUUCUUCUUGCUCGUCACAAUCAGGAAUUGGACAAGACCAAUUUUGUAUUUGCCGCUUUCAAUCAUUUUGUAUAUGAAAACAAUACGGGGAUUCAUUCACCCGCCGAAUUUUCGGCGUGUGAAUUCGCCCUACAUUACGGAAAGAUGUCUAUCCUCAGCACUUUGAUCAAUCCGGGUGAGUUAUGCUUAGGGCAAACAUUUAAGGCCAUGCAUCAUUCGAACAACACCCAUCAAUUGCCUUUGCCACCUAAUGCCGAGGGUGAAUCUAUGAGCAAAGUUUAUAGAGAUAUUAUAAAAUACUUAAAAAAUUGCUUAAAUGGAAAGCCUCUGAUCGUGUUCACGCCCACCCAAGAAGUGGCCAUAGUAAAGUCAUGCUUUGACUAUAUGCAAACUGCAUGUGAACUUGAUUAUACGGACGACAGCGAUGAUGAAGAUGGAAAAAAGGAUCCCUUACCACCCAUUCUCGUUUAUGACAUCCAAUACCUAUUCUUCUAUUUAAAGAAGGAGACUAUGGGAAUGAUGGGUCAACCAAAUGAAGGCAUCAAACAUGAUGUAACUAAUGCAAUCUUUUUGCGUGAUUUUUUUGAGUUUGAAGAGAGAAUUGCUUGCCAAUUCCAUGAGGAAAUCGAUCGCUCCAGAUACUGCACUCGCAGUCAGGUAGUCCGCUGGGUCUACACCUUUUGUGAUUAUAUGUGCAAAGAUUUGGGCAUUACCAUGGAACCUGGCAAACAUGCUCCGUUCUUUAAGCCACUCGGCACCUCAUCCGAUUGACUUUGUUAGCACAACGGAAAGAAAUCCAAGUUCCACUCUUAAAAAAUCGGUAAGAUAUUAUUUUCGAUGUGGAAAAGUUCCUUAAAAUUGAAUUUAUUGUGCAUGAUGCAAGGAACCCAUAAUCAUCUCAAAUUCUAAUUUUUGUAAACUAGAUGCAACCAAACAAAGCAGCAUCCUUUAUGAAUGAAUUUUCGCGGGUGCACGUUUCAGUAUUGAAAAUUAAAUUUAAUGCAACCUGUAAUAAAUUUUCAUGGCUCAAGCUUCCGGCCGUGCGGCACCAUCAA